AUGAUCUCCAGCACGCCCGAGGGAGAAGGGCUCGUGAGUGGCACUCGUAGCCCCGUGGUCAACCAAGUGAGUGACGGGAGUCUCACGGUCCUGUCAAUCAGCCGGGAGGACAGAGGAGCCUAUACCUGCCGAGCCUACAGCAUCCAGGGAGAGGCUGUGCACACCACACGCCUGCUGGUGCAAGGGCCACCAUUUAUCGUGUCACCUCCUGAGAACAUAACCGUAAACAUAUCCCAGGAUGCACUGUUCACCUGUCAAGCAGAGGCGUAUCCCGGCAACCUGACCUACACCUGGUUCUGGGAGGAAAAUAACGUCUUCUUUAAGAAUGACUUAAAGCUCAGAGUGCGGAUCCUGAUUGACGGGACCCUCAUCAUCUUCCGGGUGAAGCCAGAGGAUGCUGGGAAAUACACCUGCAUUCCUAGCAACAGUCUGGGCCACUCACCCUCUGCUUCUGCACACCUGACAAUAGAGUAUCCUGCCCGGGUUGUGAACAUGCCACCUGUCAUCUACGUCCCCAUCGCAAUGCCCGGAUUCAUCCGCUGCCCAGCAGACGCCAACCCACCAGUGACAUCGGUCAAGUGGAACAAAGACGGGCGUCCGCUGAGAAUCGAGAAGUACCGUGGCUGGAGCCAGCUGGCAGACGGGACGAUCCGAGUGGAGGAGGUGACUGAAGAAUCUCUCGGCACUUACACCUGCGUGCCUUACAACAGCCUGGGUACUAUGGGGCAGUCGCCCCCUGCCCGACUGGUGCUAAAGGAUCCCCCUUACUUCACGGUGCUACCCGGCUGGGAAUACAGGCAGGAGUCUGGGAGAGAGCUGGUGAUCCCCUGUGCUUCUGCCGGAGAUCCAUUUCCAGCUAUCGCAUGGAGGAAGGUAGGGAAGCCCAGCAGAAGCAAGCACAACGUCCUUCCGAGUGGCAGCUUACAGUUCAAAUCCCUCAGCAAAGAGGAUCAUGGGGAAUGGGAGUGUGUCGCCACCAACGUCGUCACGAGCAUCACUGCCAGCACUCAUCUUCUGGUAAUCGGCACAAGCCCUCACGCCCCAGCCAAUGUGCGCGUGACGGCCUCGACUAACUCUGCCAACGUGUCCUGGGACCCCGGCUACGAUGGCGGAUUCGAGCAGACAUUCUCAGUCUGGUACGGCCCUGUGGUGAAGAGGGCUCAGUUCGGGCCCCAUGACUGGCUCUCCCUCCCCGUGCCUGGCAGUAUGAGCUGGCUGCUGGUGGAGGGUCUGGAACCAGAGACAGCAUACCAGUUCAGUGUUCUGGCUCAGAAUAAACUGGGCACAGGGCCCUUCAGCGAGGUCGUCACUGUGAACACACGAGUAUUCCCUAUUACUACCCCCGAACCCCUGGUGCUGCUUUCACCACCAAGGUGCCUAACAGCCAAUCGGACACAGCAAGGAGUCCUGUUGACGUGGCUCCCUCCGGCCAAUCACAGCUCUCCAAUCGCGCGUUUCAUCAUGGAGUUCCGCCUGGGAGAGAGGUGGGACAUCCUGGACGACGCCAUCCCAGCAGGAGAGACAGAACUGUUAGCGAGAGACCUGGUCCAGGAUUCCUGGUACGAGUUUCGGGUGCUGGCUGUGAUGGACGACCUCAUUAGUGAACCCAGUAACAUUGUUGCAGUUUCCAGCACAGAUCUGUUCCCUCCGCUGGAGGUGCCAGAGGAAGGGCUGGCGAGACCCGUGGUGGCUGGGAUUGUUGCCACCAUCUGUUUCCUGGCCUCGGCGAUCCUGUUCAGCACCCUAGCGGCCUGCUUCGUCAACAAGCAGCGCAGACGCAAACUCAAGAGGAAACGAGACCCUCCCCUCUCAAUAACGCACUGCAGAAAAAGCGUGGAAACGCCGUAAGUAAUACAACGCAAACAGUUGGAUUCUAUUUCUUCAUUUAUUUUUUUGUGGUUCGCUUCU